AUGAACAAGAUGCAGGCAGGAGUCACGGUGCCCACUGGGGUCAACCAGUCCUGGUGGGAUGGACUUGUCCGCACGCUCGGGCAGCGGAUUACCCCCUCCCGCUCCCCGUGGGACGCCAGGCGCUGCUUCACCUGCACCUCCCAGCUCAGGGUGCACAGCUCUGAUGUCCUCUGGCCAGAGACCUCUUCGCUCCAGGUCCCAGGAGCAUACAUGCCCACCGUCUCUUUUACAGGCCCCAACCUCUACUUCUACUAUUUUCACUUUGCAGCUGCUCUCUCGCUUUCCUACAGUUUCUCCAUCACAUCUCAGCCCAGGCCUGGACCAUCAUGGUGUGAGAUUCAAGGCCAAGUGAAUGAAAACAAGUUUCUUUCCUAUACCUGUGGGAGCAAGGAGGUCUUUCCUAUACCUGCUGGUCCUCUGGGGACGAAGCUGAAGGACACAGCGUUUUGGGGGACACAGAGGGAACCUCUGAAAGACCUAGGGGAAGAGCUCAGAAAGAAACUGCUGGACAUUUUCACUAAGAGUGAUUCUCUCACCAUGCAGGGCAGCCUGAUGCGUGAGUGUGGGGCCCACGGACACACCAGAGGAUCCUGGUGGUUCGCCUUCAAUGAGCAGUUAACUCACUUCUUUGACCCAGAGAACAAGGUUCCUCCGGGAGGCCAACAGUUCAGAGGCAUGUUGGACAAUGAUGAAGAGCUGACCAAGCUCCUUGUGGGGACGUCAAAGGGAGACUGUAAGAGCUGGCUCCAGCAAGUAUGGGAGCCCUGCGAUGAAAUGCAGGCGACCACAGCGCCACCAGCAACGCAGCCAGAUGUGGCCCAGACCAGGAACAUCUGCAUGGUCAUUGUGAGCCUCGACGUUGUCGUUAUCGUCAUCGUUGUCGUCCUCAUUGUCAUCAUAAUUUGCAUAAUCAUCAAAAAUUGACACUCUGUGUGGAACUUCUUUAGAAG